AUGUCUUACGAGGACGAAGGCGAUGACGUGUUCGGCGAUGCCGUGCCGGAGGGCGAAGCGGGCGUCGAGGAGGACGACUACGGCGAUGGGGGCGGGGCAGCAGGGGGGGGGGGCGGCUACGACAACAUGGACGAGGAGGAGGAGGAGGAGGACGAGAGAGGCUACGAGAACGGCGCAGCGGGAGGGGGCGGGGGCGAGGGUUUAGGGCUUGGCGAAGGGGAGGAGGAGGAGUACGAUCCAGAUGCCGCGUACGGGGCCGGAGGCCUCAUGGAUGAUGAAGACGAGCUCGACCCGCUUGAGGAGGACAUAUCGCAGGAGGAUGCAUGGGUCGUGAUCAGCGCGUACUUCAGCGAGAAGGGCCUGGUUCGCCAGCAACUCGAUUCCUUCGAUGAGUUUCUACAAAGCACGAUGCACGAGCUGGUGAGCAGCGCGGGGGAGAUCAAGAUCACGCCGGAGCUGCAGUACAUGCCGGGGCAAGACACGGUCCGAAGAACGUUCCAGAUCAACUUCGGACAGGUCUACCUGGCCAAGCCCACCGCACGAGAGAAGGACGGGUCGCUGACGAGCAUGUUCCCGCACGAGGCGAGGCUUCGCAACCUCACGUACAACUCCCCCCUGUACUGCGACAUCUCGUGCAAGACCUACGAGGCGGACGUGGGCGACCGCUCCCAGGAGGACGGGGAAGGGCUGGAGGCGGAGGAGGAGAGGGAGAACCCCAAGGAGUUCCUGGGCUGGGUGCCCAUCAUGCUGAGGAGCAGCUUCUGCGUGCUGGUGAACCGGACGGACAAGGAGCUGACCGAGCUGGGGGAGUGCAUCUACGACCAGGGCGGCUACUUUGUCAUCAACGGGUCCGAAAAGGUGCUGAUCGCGAACGAGCGCAUGAGCACGAACCACGUGUACUGCUUCAAGAAGCGGCAGCCGAGCAAGUUUACUUGGACCUCGGAGAUCAGGAGCUUCGUCGACAACAGUGGCAGGCCUCCGUCCUCCAUGUUCCUGCAGAUGUAUGCCAAGGGGACUCAGCACAGCAAGGUGAACGGGGGGCACAUCCGUGCGCAGCUGCCGUACAUCAGGACGGACGUGCCGGUGGUGCUGGUGUUCCGAGCGCUCGGUUACACGAACGACAAGGCUAUCUUGGAGCACAUCGUCUACGACUUCUCCGACACGGACAUGAUGGAAAAGUUCAGGCCAUCUCUGGAGGAGGCGGACGUGAUCCAGAACCAGGUCGUGGCGCAGGACUUCAUCGGGAAACGUGGUAGCGCCGUCAACGUCGGGCGUAACGAGCGGAUCAACUACGCCAAGGGGCUCCUCCAGAGGGAGUUUUUGCCUCACGUCGGCAUCGGGGCCGGUACGGAGGCAAAGAAGGUGUUCUUCCUGGGGUACAUGGUGCACAAGCUGCUCAUGUGCAGCCUCGGUCGGUUAGAGGAGGACGACCGAGAUCAUUACGGCAAGAAGAGGCUGGACCUGGCGGGAGCGCUGCUCGCCGGCCUGUUCCGGCAGCUGUUCAGAAAGCUCACGCAGAACGUGCGCAAGUACCUGCAACUCUGCCUGGACAAGGGCACGCAGUUCGUCGUGGGCACGGCCAUCAAGAGCCAGUUCAUCACGGACGGGCUCAAGUACUCCCUGGCUACGGGCAACUGGGGCGACAAGAAGACGGCCACCAAGGCCGGGGUGAGCCAGGUGCUCAACCGACUCACCUACGCGUCGGCCCUGUCGCACCUCCGAAGGCUCAACACCCCCCUGGGGCGAGAGGGAAAGCAGGCUAAGCCCCGACAACUGCACAACACCCACUGGGGCUUCAUCUGUCCGGCCGAGACCCCGGAGGGUCAGGCCGUGGGUCUCGUGAAGAACCUGGCGCUCAUGGCGUACAUCAGCGUUGGCUGCUCGCUGUCACCUAUCCUGGAGUUCUUGGAGGAGUGGGCCAUGGAGAACCUCGACGAGAUCGCGCCGCACAUGAUCGCGCAGACCAACUGCACCAAGGUCUUCGUGAACGGGAACUGGGUGGGCGUGCACCGCGACCCCAACCGGCUGGUGCAGACGCUGGUGCACCAGAGACGGGCGCUGGACAUCGACGUCGAGGUGUCGGUCGUGCGGGACAUCAAGGGCAGGGAGCUCCGGCUCUACACGGACGCGGGGCGAGUGUGCCGGCCGCUGUUUGUGGUGGAGAACAACCGCCUUCGCAUCCGCAAGAAGCACAUCAACGACCUGCACGACCCCAACUACGGCUGGACGAACCUCAUGCAGCAGGGCGUGGUGGAGUACAUCGACACGGAGGAGGAGGAGACGACGAUGGUCGCCAUGGAGCCCAAGGACCUGGAAGAGUCCGGCGGGUACUCGAGCACCUACACCCACUGCGAGAUCCACCCCAGCAUGAUCCUCGGCGUGUGCGCCUCCAUCAUCCCCUUCCCGGACCACAACCAGUCCCCGCGAAACACAUACCAAUCGGCCAUGGGGAAGCAGGCCAUGGGCAUCUACGCGAGUAACUACCAGCUGCGAAUGGAUACCCUGGCGCACGUGCUCCACUACCCGGAGAAGCCGUUGGUGACGACGCGUGCCAUGGAGCACCUCCACUUCCGAGAGCUCCCGUCGGGGUUCAACGUGAUCGUGGGCAUCAUGGUGUACUCGGGCUACAACCAGGAGGAUUCCCUCAUCAUGAACCAGAGCGCGGUGGACCGGGGGCUGUUCCGAUCGUCGUUCUUCCGGACCCUGAACGACCAGGAGAAGGCUGGGCGAGGCAUGGGUGACAUGGCAGUCCUCAGCGCGGAGAGCUUCGAGCGGCCGGCGAGGGAGAACACCGCCGGCAUGAAGCACGGCAACUACGACAAGCUCGAGGAGGACGGGCUGGUCGCCCCCGGCACCCGAGUGUCGGGCACGGACGUGCUCAUCGGCAAGACGACGCCGCUCGGCGGGGGCGUUGCCGGGGUCACCGGCGGCCCGGGGCACCGGAGCAAGAAGGACUCGAGCACGGUGAUGAGGUCGCACGAGGAUGGCAUCGUUGACCGGGUGAUGCUCACGACUAACCAGGAAGGGUUCAAGUUCUGCAAGGUGCGAAUCCGUAACGUGCGCGUCCCGCAGAUCGGCGACAAGUUCGCCUCCCGGCACGGGCAGAAGGGUACCAUCGGGAUGACCUACCGGCAGGAGGACAUGCCCUGGUCGAUCGACGGCAUCGUUCCCGACAUCAUCGUUAACCCGCACGCCAUUCCCAGCCGGAUGACCAUCGCGCAGCUGAUCGAGUGUCUUCUCGGAAAGGUGGGUGUGCUGACGGGAACGGAAGGCGACGCCACGCCCUUCACGGACGUGACCGUGGCGAACGUGAGCAGCACCCUGCACAAGAUCGGCUUCCAGAAGCACGGCAACGAGGUCAUGUACAGCGGCCACACGGGCCGCAUGCUCAACACGAAGGUAUUCCUGGGGCCGACGUUCUACCAGCGCUUGAAGCACUUGGUGGACGACAAGAUCCACAGCAGGAGCAGGGGGCCCGUGAUGAACCUGACGCGGCAGCCGAUGGAGGGUCGAGGGCGCGACGGAGGGCUGCGCAUGGGGGAGAUGGAGCGGGACUGCCUGAUCAGCCAUGGCUGCGCCAACUUCUUGAGAGACCGGCUGUUCAUCAACUCCGAUGCGUACCGGGUGCACGUGUGCGACAAGUGCGGCCUGAUCGCCGUGGCGAACCUCCGGAAGAUGAGCUUCGAGUGCCGGGGGUGCAAGGGCAAGUCGGACGUCUCGCAGAUCCACGUGCCGUACGCUUGCAAGCUCCUGUUCCAAGAGCUGAUGGCCAUGUGCAUAGCACCGCGCAUGUUCGUCCGCGCGGACGCCGGGGCGGUGCAAGUCCAGUACUAGUUAGAUUUUGUGCUGGUGACAUUCGGAGUUGGGGGUGGUGGUCGUGAGUUUCGGGAUCACCGGUAGGCCCGUCGGUGUUGCCAUCAAACCGGGGGGCACCGCGGACGGUAUCUGUCACGUAUAGGGGUGCCGUUAAGGAUUGUGUGCUGCCGUAAAGACUGCCGUAAUUGGAACCAUGGGCGAGAGUCGUGGGGACAAUGCCUCUUCCGCGUGCGUGUGGGCGCGUCUUCUUUGGAGAGUGUGUGUAAUGUUUUUCCCGCUUGGAGGCUCGCCUGAAGUUCAGGGGCCCUCAAUGAUUGUGGUUAUUAAACACGUGGGAGUUAUAGUUUCGGCGUCGCGCCGUGCUGCGACAGACUUGUCGAAUGUACACGUCUUGCGGUGGUGUUGUGCUAGGCCUGUUGUUCCGCAGUGUGGUGUCGGCGUCGUCGGUGCAGUUGAAAACUUUUUUGCUCUGACCUAAAAGAGGGAGGCCGCGUUGUGCAGGCAGGCCUUGCGUAUUUCGCCCAUAGGAUGAUCGAAAUCGUUGGACCGCUUCGGUCCUCUCUUUGUCUCUCUCGUGUUGGUUGCGUCGCUCUGUAGUAGGCGGGGCUGCUGACCGUACUCGAGAGGAGGAACUUGCUUGUGUAACGGUUUUUGACCAGUCCAUGCUAGGUGGCAUGGCUGAUUGUGCAUUGGACACU